AUUCGACAGAGUAGUUUCACCUUUCCAGUAGCCGACUUUCCAGUUCACAGUCUUUCCUCCGGGCGCUGUCGUCACUGGGACUGAGUAGAUUGCAGGGAAGAGGAGCCGAGGAGGGGGAUAUACUCUUCUUCCGUAGCUGUGAGCCUGUGAGCAAUCUCCCGCAUUUCCUGUCUUCUUCUUCUCCCCACGGAGCGAAAACCAGCUUCGAGGAAGCGACCUCCAUGAAAGUUUGCGAAGGAAGCUACACCCCGUGAACUUUACACUCGGAAGCUGCUUUAAUGCAAACAUCAUAUCGCCUUCUCUCCCACCUUCGACGCCCCCACCACAAGCUUACUCCUCUUCCUUUCACUUCUUCUUCCUCUUCCUCCUCAGCUUUUGGACUUCCUUUAGCUCUAGGCCGCGGGGGUUCAGUUUUCCAAUCACCGAGAAGCUGCUACCGACGCGAAUGCGAAGACGAAGCUUGUUUAGAGGAAGACGAUUUUGCAAGAAAACCCAAACCCGUCCCUUACUUUGGCUCUUCGUGCAAUCAGUCUCGUGGGCUCUCGGCAUUGGAUUGCUCCCGAGUGUCUGUCCCGUUACCUGGGUCGGUUUCUCUGGGCGGCGAUCACAAGCAUCGGGAUUUCCAUAAUGGGUUUCUUCGUCGUGGAUUUUUUACCAGAGCUAAGCAAGUGAAGAAGAUUGAAAUUAGUGAUCAGCACAGUCAACGAGCAGUCACAACAGCACUUUGGUGCAAUUUUCUCGUCUUUUCUCUUAAGUUUGGGGUGUGGUUUACGUCUUCCAGUCAUGUUAUGCUGGCUGAAGUUGUGCACUCAAUUGCCGAUUUUGCAAAUCAGGCACUUCUUGCUUAUGGUCUGAGCAGCUCAAGGCGUGCACCAGAUGCACUUCAUCCUUAUGGCUACUCCAAGGAAAGGUUUGUCUGGUCUUUGAUAUCUGCUGUUGGUAUCUUUUGCCUUGGGUCUGGUGCUACAAUUGUCAAUGGAGUUCAGAACUUGUGGAGUUCUCAGCCUCCAGCCCACAUUGAAUAUGCAGCUUUGGUGCUUGGUGGUUCAUUUAUAAUAGAAGGUGCUUCUCUUCUUGUCGCCAUAGAAGCUGUCAAGAAAGGUGCAGCUGCAGAAGGUAUGACGUUCAGAGACUAUGUAUGGCGUGGUCAUGAUCCCACAGCUGUUGCAGUGAUGACAGAGGAUGGUGCUGCAGUGACUGGAUUGGUUAUAGCUGGAGCAUCAUUGGUUGCCGUCAGUGCCACAGGGAAUCCAAUUUAUGAUCCUAUUGGUUCAAUCAUAGUUGGCAACCUUUUGGGAAUGGUCGCUAUCUUCCUUAUUCAAAGGAAUAGGCACGCUUUGAUCGGUAGAGCAAUGGAUGACAAUGAUAUGCAGAAGGUUCUUCAUUUCUUGAAAAGUGACCCGGUUGUGGAUUCUCUUUAUGAUUGUAAAAGCGAGGUGAUUGGACCGGGAUUUUUCAGAUUUAAGGCAGAAAUAGAUUUUAAUGGCGAGGUGGUGGUGCAGAAUUAUCUCAAUAGGAUUGGACGGGAAGACUGGGCAAGACAGUUCCGUGAUGCUUCAAAGCAAAAGGGCGAUACCGCGCUUCUGAAGCUAAUGUCUGACUAUGGUGAGGAGUUGGUGACAGCGUUAGGAAGCGAAGUUGAUAGGCUUGAAAAAGAGAUACAAGAUCUUGUCCCUGGCAUCCGCCAUGUUGAUAUCGAGGCACACAACCCUACCGGCCCUAAUCCGUGAUUCAUUCAGUAAAGUCCACUACUAAUUUUCAACUGCUCAUUCCAUUCUAUACGUACAUAUGCUUCUUGAUCAUAGAUGGCCAUCUGCAUCAACAAACCCUACAUUCUGAUUUAGAGGAUUUUGUAGUAUGUCGUAAUGAAACAAACAAGCGUUAGUUAGCCCCAUCCAUGAAACCUUGUUCUAAGUUUCAUUUUCUCAGAUGUCAUGGUUACUCAAGGCACUGAUAGCUUAGCACUAGCAUGCAUAAUCAUGCUGUUGAAGUUCGGCAAGUCUAGCGAACAAGCGCUAAUAUGCAUUGAAAACCUUCGCUCACCAGCGAUGGCAACAAGCAGCUUAUGAUAUUGCAUGUUUUUCUUUACUGCUGAAUCUCACCAUUAUUACAGACCAAAAUUAUUUCCAUGAGCUCUAAUAAAUAACCCAACCAUACAUAAUCCAACCCCAAUCUCAUCAACUCAAGACUCCUCAAUCCAAUUUCCCAUUCCCAACCUGAGGAAGCUUCCCACAAUCAUAUUGCACAAGCCUUAAAAUCCUUCCAAAAAUGUACCUAUAGAACAAAUAUCUCACCAGUCCCCUCCAUACCUGCGUCCCACCCUGCUGCACCCACCCCGCUGCAUACGCACCCGCCACCAGCCCCGCAGCUCGCCAUUUCCGCUCCUUAGCAUACCCAUCUAGAGCCCGAGGCAUCCCUUCGGCCGCCAACACUUUCCCAUUAGCCAGGAAGGAGUUCCCAAUGUGCCUUCCCAACACUACCGCGUCCUCCAGCGCAGCGCCACCACCCUGCGCGAGGUCAGGCGUCAUCGGAUGCAUUGCGUCUCCGGCCACCGUGAUGUUCCCUCUGCACAGGCUUCCUGUCAGGAUGUUCCACGGGUACCUCAGCUUCAGCGGUGCCCAUGACAUCGACGAUAGGUCUGCUUGUCGGAUGGCGUCGAGGAAGACCGCAGGAAAGUCUGCUGCAUAUUUGGAGAGCACAUCUGCUUGGGUCGCCUUUGGAUCGUAUGUGAACUCGGCUCCUAAAAGAUAGGAACCAGUAGACUUCUUUAUCGUUUAAGGGGACCAAGCCAGCCCUUUUCCCUGAGUCAACAAAUUGCUGGACUCUGCUCUCAAAUCCGUGGCCUUGAGGGUAAAACGACAAUCCCCGGACUGCGGAUCGACCGGAGUGGACCGGAGCGGAUAGAUCCAGCCAUUGUGCCACCACCGAGUGCAACCCAUCGCAUCCUAUCAGAACCUUUCACUUGAUUGUGGUUCCAUCUUUCAAGUGUACAACAGCCAGAGAAUCGGCCCCUGUUUCAAUGGAAGCGAGGUGGGAGGAGAAACGAAUCGAGUUGGGCGGGAGCUCUCCGGCCAGAGCUUCUAGCAAUGCUUUACGAUGGAUUGGUCUGGGUCCGUGUCCAUUUCCCCUGGAUUGUCCGACGAAGUUGAUUUCUUGAACAGCUCCGGUGGCGACGUUGGUGACGGAGCCGGAGGUGAUAGGAGCGUAAAGGGGAGUGAGCUUGUGGGAGACGCCGAGCGCAUCCAGUGCGAGCCAGGCGUUGGGAAACAGAGUGAGCGCAGCUCCUGUGGUUCUGAGCUCGUCGGAUUUCUCCAGAACCAGAGCUCGGAUCCCAACUCUGUUCAGAGCCACCGCCGUCGCUAUGCCGGCUAUCCCGGCACCGACUAUCACCACGUCUUCCACUGUACUUCCCAUCUCUCUGUUUCUCUCCUUGUAUGAAUGAGAUUCAGAUAUUUGUUAAUGUUCUUGUUGAAAGCCUCGAGGGUUUGUUUAUAUUAUAGUGCUGCUGAUGCUGAAGGGUAUAAGGUCCUCCGUUUGGCCAAUGGAGGAACAGUUGGUUUUGGAUCUUAAAGGCGGCUGAAGAAAUUCUUGGGAAUCACGUAGUCAUCCAAAAAUGACCUCAUUCGCCAUUGAUUGAAUGGACCAUUUUCAUUUCAAUUGUUCUCUCGCAUGGCGGUGGAAGC